AUGAAUGAAAUAAAAUCAAAUGAAUAUUUGUUAACAAGUAGAAAAGAAAAAGAAUGGUUGAAUAUAAAAUAAUUAAAGUUUUUAAAUGACACAGCUGUAACCAGCGAUGAUUCAGAUGAUGAAUUUAAAACCAAUCAAGAAAUUGAAAUUUUUGUAAAAUAAAAGAAGAAAUUUUAAUGGGAAUAUAGAAGCUUAACUAUUUUGAGUUAAAAAUCAAAUAAAUUCUACUCCCGAGCAAUAUCUCUCAAGAUUAAUCAUUACAUGAUAUAAAUUAACAAUUUGUUAAAAAAAAUAAAGAAACAUAUAACUCCUCUUCCUCCUUAUGUAAUAACACCUGAUGGAUCAAUAAAAAUGAUAUGGGAUUUAUUAUGUUUAGUAUUUGUAAUUUAUGAAAUGAUUAGUAUUCCUUUUUAAAUAAGUUUUGAAAUAGAAAUUAAUAAGGAAAUAUCAGUAACCUCUUUAGGAGUGUUUACUUUAGAUAUUCUCUUAAAUUUUAACACAGGUGUCUAUUUGGAUGGUAUAUUAUCAAUGAAAAGAUAGAAAAUUGCAAAAAGUUACUUAUCAUUUUGGUUUUGGAUUGAUUUAAUUUCAACUUUCCCAUACGACAUAAUUAUCAAUGAAUCUGAAUCAUUAAUAUAAAGUCCAAAAUUACUAAGAUUAUUUAAAUUUUUAAAAUUUAUUCAUAUUUUAAAACUCUUAAGAUUGGCCAAAUUAAAAAAAUUUUUUGAUCAAUUAGAUGAGUACAUAUAAAAUAUUAGGAUAAUAGGAGUAGUAUUAACCUUUUUUAAACUAUUUGUUUUGAUUUUGUUUUUAGCCCAUGUUUUGGGAUGUAUCUUUCAUUACACUUCAUAAGAAGAAACAGGUUCUUGGCUUGGAGAUAAUGAGGAUGCUGAUUGGUAAAUAAGAUAUAUUUAUUCCUUAUAUUGGGGUAUUGCUACAAUGACAACAGUUGGAUAUGGAGACAUUAGUCCAAUAACCCCAACAGAAAGAGGAUUAGGACUUUUUUUUUUGUUAGUUGCAUGUGGAGGAUUUGCAUUUACAAUGAAUUCUAUUGGGUUUGCUCUAUCUACUCUUGAAGAACGAAAAAAUAAUCGAAAAUCAAAAGUUAACAAUCUAAAUAAAUAUAUGAAACAAGCAAAUAUUUCUGAUGGAUUAUAAAAUAAGGUUAGAAAAUAUUUAGAAUAUGUAUGGGAUAGUGAUUAAAUUUUAUUAAAUGACAUCACCAGUUUACUUUCUUGUGAAUUAACUAAAAACAUAUUAGAAUAAGUAAAUGGUAAUUUAUUUGGACAUAUCCAUAUCUUUUGGCAUUUUCAUACAAAAACAUUUUUGAUUGAGGGAAUUAUUCCAAUUUUAGAGGAUAAAUUAUAUUUACCAGAGGAAGUCAUAUUUAAUGAAAUUCCUCUAACAAAUUAUGAUUUAUUCUUAAUUUAAAAAGGAGAUGUUACUAUAUAUUUUAUGAAAACUAAUAUUGUAAUUGAUAAUAAGGUUAAGUAUGAUUACUUUGGGGAAAUCAGUUUCUUUACUAAUCAAGUAAGAUCAGCUAGUGCUAAAAGUAAAUAAUUUUCUCAUAUUUUCGUAUUAAAUUAAAAGAAAUACUUACAAAUUGCAAAGCUUUAUCCAAGAGACUUAUAAUAAUAUUUUAAUGUAAGAAAUUCUAUUUUGUUUGACAAAGAUUAUAGUUUAUUAUAAGUAAGAUGUCAUGUUUGCUAAAUGGAUGAUCAUCUUGCUAAAGAAUGUCCAGUAUUACAUUUUCAAGUGUAAUUAUUCUAACUAUAAUAGUAAUGCUCCUCAUUUUUUAUCAUUUUUACAUUAAUAUUAGAGAGUAUAUUAGGCAUCGUAUAUUAGGAAAGAUAGAAUCGAUUAUAAUGCGAGAUCCUCUUUAUACUAAAUCCAAUAAUCUUAAAGAAGAUUCUUGUAAAUAAAUUCAAGGAGAUAAACAUUUAUUAAUUAUAAAGGACCUACUAAUACAUUUUUCAUAAAUUAUUACGAUGUUGAUUAUGAAGAAUUAUACAAAAAUGACAAUCCACCAUCUAAGAUAAUAUCAUCUCUUUAAAACUCAUUUUUUAAUAAUAAAAAUAAAAAAAAAUUUGAUUUGUUAGAUUAAGAUUAUGAUAUUGAUUAUUCUUCUUUUAGUUCAAAAGGGUCACCAGGAUAACUCACUAAAAAAAUGAUGAUUGAAGAAGAAUAUAUAGAUCAAGUAGCAUCUGAUAGAUUUAACACCCUUAUAGAUUAAAUUAAUAGUAUAAAAUAGAAAAAACGAUCUUUUUCACAUAUUCAUUUUACACUAUUUCCUGAGUUUGAGAAAAUAUAAAUAUACAGUGACUUUUGUUAGCAAUAUAAUGUUGACAAUGUAUUAAAAAGAUAUAAGAUAGCAUAGAAAAAAGGGUUAAUGUCUUAAAUACCUCCUAAAUAUACUUUAUUUGGUUUAGAAGAGUUUAUAUCAUAUUAGUAAUAUUAUUGUUUUUAUUUGAAUAAAAGUGAUUUAUAUAGAUAUUAUACAAAAUCUCAUUAAAAAAAAGGGGAUAUUUAUUAUGGAUGCGAGAAUUCGAGAAUAUUUAAUUUAACAAGAGUAGAAAAGAAGAGAAGUAAAUAUAUAAAAGUUGAUUAAGUAAUAUUUAAUUUUAUAAUUAGUUAAGGAAGCAAGAUUUUAUAAAAUUAUGUUCAAUAAAUGUUUGA